UACACAGUGACGUAGGAACACACGUGUGCGGGAUGGGAGCUGCCAUUGCUGCUGACAGGAAGUCUGCACCAUACUGACCGCACAGACAGCAGCCUGCACCGCCUACACAAUGAGCUGUCAGAUCACCUGUGUGUCCUGGAUACAGAGGGGGGUCUCCAAAGAGGUCCCCGAUAAGGUUCAGCUCAGCAAGGAGGAGCUAAAGAAACUUAUUAUUGAAGCCAAAGAACAGUUGGAAGGAGAACUUGAAGAUAAUGAAGACGAGACUGGUGAGGAUGUGGAGGAUGGGAUGCAAAGUACAGAGAGAACUGAAGAAGAUGCCGCUCAGCCAGCUGAGGAUGAGGAGGAAAACUUCUCAAAGCUGAAGGAUGAUGAACUUGCAGAGUAUGACUUGGACAACUAUGAUGAGGAAGGAAGAACAGAUGUAGGAAAUCUCGGAGAUAGUCUUGCUGGACUCGCAGUAUAUUGCAACAGUGACCAAGAUGCUUACAUCACUCUAAAAGAUACCGAGCAAUAUGAGACAGAAGAUUUUGUUAUUACGUCCACUGAUAACCUUGUGGUUUGUGGGCGGGCAGAGAAAGAUCACUGUAAUCUUGAAAUUCACGUGUACAAUAAUGAGGAGGAUUCUUUCUAUGUACAUCAUGACAUUAUCUUACCUGCAUACCCGCUGUGCACAGAGUGGCUGAACUUUGACCCAAGUCCUGAAGAAUCUACAGGAAACUACGUAGCUGUUGGUAACAUGACCCCCGUCAUUGAUGUCUGGGACAUAGAUCUGGUGGACUGCUUAGAGCCUGUCUUUUCCCUCGGAAGCAAGAAAAUGAAAAAGAAAAAGAAAAAAGGAAAAAAGGGUGCCUCUGCAGAGGGAACACACGAAGGUCAUUCUGACGCAGUACUAGACCUCUCAUGGAAUAAGCAAAUUCGUAAUGUCCUUGCCAGCGCAUCAGCAGAUAAUACAGUACUUCUGUGGGACUUGUCUGUGGGUAAACCAGCUGCCAGCCUUACAAUGCACACAGACAAGGUCCAGACAUUACAGUUCCACCCUUUUGAGCCGCAGACCCUUAUAUCUGGGUCAUAUGACAAGUCAGUGAUAUUAUAUGACUGCAGAAGCCCUCAGCAAAAUCACAGAACCUGGAGAUUUAGUGGACAAGUGGAGAGAGUCACAUGGAAUCACUUUUGUCCCAGAAACUUUUUGGCCAGCACAGAAGACGGCUUUGUGUACUGUUUAGAUGCGCGGUCAGACAAGCCCUUGUUCACAUUGAAGGCUCAUGAUGGAGAAGUGUCUGGCCUUGAGUUGAGCAGCCAAGUUAAAGGCUGUCUGGUGACAUCGUCUCAAGAUAAGUUUGUGAAGAUUUGGGACAUUUUACUGGACAAACCAAGUCUCGUUCACUCUCGGGAUAUGAAAAUGGGUAUACUGUUCUGCACGGCAUGCUGCCCUGAUUUUCCAUUUGUUUAUGCAUUUGGAGGCCAGAAGGACGGGUUGAGAGUAUGGGACAUCAGCAGUAUUGCUGCCGUAAAAGAAGCAUUUGGUAGCAGAGAGCGGCUGAUGGUGACCAAUCUACCCAGCACGUCAUCCAGUGCCACCCAAGGGACCAGCGAUGCAGCUGCCGAAACUAUGGAGGCUUAGAGCUGGCAGAUGCCCUCCUGUCUCUUGUAGAUGAUUACAUCCAACAUCAUCCUCCUCUUCCUCAUCCAUCUUCAUGGCAACAUUAAUGCAAAUGUGUGCAUCAACUUCAAAUGACUUAUUAUUUGAGACCAUUCAGUAAAAUUCCUGGGAUUGAUCGUGACCUCUACGGCUGUGACUGUAGUUCAUCUGUCGGACUAAUGUGACUAUCUAGAAGCAGAAGCGGUUCCAGGUUUCCUGUAUUCAUUAAUAUUGCUAAUUAUUGCUGUUAACAAUAUGAUUGCUCAGAUGCAAAUUUAUAUUGAACCAGACAUCCUGAGAUCAUUAAACUUUUAGGUUGUUUUCCAGA